GCGAAUAUUAUUUUUCUUGAAAAAUUAUUCACAAAAAAAAUCUCUCUAUUCAACAUUGAAAUUUCUCUAAUUACAAUGGAGCUUAUCCCUGAUCUUCCCGAAACCGUAGCCCGCGAGUGUCUCCUACGCGCCUCUUACCAGCAAUUCCCUCUGAUCGCCUCCGUCUGCAAACUCUGGCAGCGAGAAAUCAGCCUCCCUGAUUUUUUCCGACACCGGAAAGCUUCAGGCCAUAGCCAGGAGCUUGUUGUCUUGUCUCAGGCUCGUGUCGAUCCGGUUAAAGAACUCGGGUCCGGGAAAACCAUCCCCACACCCGUGUACCGGAUCUCUGUUCUCGAACCAGAGUCCGGUUUAUGGAUCGAGCUGCCUCCGGUUCCCGGUAAAUCCAGCGGAUUGCCUCUGUUUUGUAGAUUAGCUUCUGUCGGGUCGGAUCUUGUUGUAAUCGGUGGGCUUGACCCGGUCACGUGGCGGACCUCUGAUUCGGUCUUCAUCUUCUCCUUCUUAACCUCCACGUGGCGAAACGGGACGAGCAUGCCAGGUGGAUCACGUUCCUUCUUCGCCUGCGCUUCGGAUUCUCAACGGAACGUGUUCGUGGCGGGUGGACACGACGAAGACAAGAACGCACUGACGUCAGCUCUUGUGUAUGACGUGGCAGAAGAUAGAUGGGCUUUAUUGCCAGAUAUGGGCCGUGAGCGAGACGAAUGCACGGCGAUUUACCGCGCUGGCAAAUUCCACGUCAUAGGUGGUUACGCCACGGAGGAACAAGGGCGGUUUAGUAAAACCGCUGAGUCGUUCGACGUUACCACGUGGCAGUGGAGUCAACGGGCGGAGGAUUUCCUUUCUUCGGGGAUGACUACGUGGCCUCCGGUCUGUGCAGCCGGUGAAAACGGAGAACUUUACGCUUGUUGUCGCCGUGAUCUGAUGGUGAUGAGAGAUGACACGUGGCAUAAAGUUGGGAAUCUUCCUGCUGACGUGUGCAAUGUGUCUUACGUGGCGGUAAGGAGGUCCGGGAAGCUGGUCGUGAUCGGUUCGGCUCGGUACGGUGAACCAAGCGUAGGGUAUAAUUGGGAUAUUAGCAAUUUUCGAUGGGUAAAGCUGGAAACACCUGAAAGAUAUGAAGGUCACGUUCAAGCUGGUUGUUUCUUGGAGAUUUAAAAAAUAUGGGGUUUCCAAUCUUUUGUGACGUCGUUCAUACGAAAUGCACGCAUAAUUGGUCGGUUGGUUUUUUUCGGUGCGACUGUACAAAUAUUCUAUAGAUGUAAGAAAAAGUUAUAAGGCUUGACUGUAAAUUUUUUGUUGAUUGAUUUUUCUUUUUUUUUUGGUGUGUUUCUGAAGAUUUGUUGUGUGAUUUUACUAAAUUUAGCAGUUGAUCUUUUAACUUGCACAA